UUCGGUCCGCUUCAUAAUUCAGUCCGGUUGUGUUGUGUGAUGCGGGAUGGUCUGAGAGAGUGGGGUGUACUGUCUCGUCCUCGUGCCCCAGUCAUUCCCGCACGGAAACCUAUUAAUGAUAUCAGGGGGGUUACAGUCACCUCGGGGGGUUUCUGCAGUCCGAAACAAGUCAGCUCUCUAUCUGUUAUUGGGGAAUGAACGACGAGAAAAGCCCGGAUAACGGCAAGAGAAACUCUGGGUAUACCAGUAUUGAGCAAAUGCUGGCUGCGAACCCCGGGAAGACGCCCAUCAGUCUGCUGCAGGAAUAUGGAACGCGGAUAGGCAAUACUCCAGUGUAUGACCUGCUGAAGGCUGAGGGUCAGGCCCACCAGCCCAACUUCACCUUCCGCGUGUCUGUGGGAGACAUCAAUUGCACCGGCCAGGGCCCCAGCAAGAAAGCUGCCAAGCACAAAGCCGCCGAAGCUGCCCUGAAAAUGCUGAAAGGAGGAAUGCUGGGAGGGAUCGGAGGAAAUGGGAUGGAGGGAGAAGGGUUUGUCGGGAUUGAUAUGGAGGGAGAAUGCCCUCAGUCAGAGAUGAAAUCAUCCAGUUCAACGCAACAAGCUGAGUGCAAUCCAGUUGGAGCUUUGCAGGAACUAGUAGUGCAGAAAGGCUGGCGUUUACCUGAGUACACGGUCACUCAAGAAUCUGGACCUGCACACCGCAAAGAGUUUACAAUGACCUGCAGGGUGGAGAGAUUUGUUGAGAUAGGUAGUGGCACAUCAAAAAAGCUUGCUAAAAGAAAUGCAGCAGCAAAGAUGCUCUCUCGUAUCCAUGAUGUACCUGUGGACAUGCGCAGCAGCCAUGAGGCCGAAGCAGAAGAUGACACCUUCAAUAUGCAAAUGGGUGGCAGACUAGAGGGGGGGAAGUCUAAAGGUCUCGGCUGCACUUGGGACUCUCUGCGGAACUCGGCCGGGGAGAAGAUCCUACAGUUGCGCUGUCAUCCUCUGGGUCAGCCUGACUCCAAUGACUCCAAUUUUUGUUCUCUCCUUCGUGAGCUUUCCGAGGAACAGCGCUUUGACGUCAGCUACCUGGACAUAGAGGAGCGCAGUUUGAGUGGCCUUUACCAGUGUCUGGUGGAGUUGUCCACGCAGCCCGUUACCGUCUGCCACGGAUUCGCCUCUAGCCUGGAUGCAGCACGUGCCAGUGCUGCCCACAAUGCCCUUCAGUACCUCAAGAUCAUGGCAGGCGGGAAAUAAACCACACCAUUGAAAUAAUAUCAUUUUUAACAAGGACCUGACAGUUUGUGGUAAAUAUCUACCUCUGUGUUUCUGCCUCGCAAGCUUCAUCAUUACAUUUGAACUGACAAAGACUGAAAUGUUCAUAUUCAGUAUAAUAGUAUACGACCAACAACAGUAGUAUGUGAAACUGUGUGAUUACUGAUGUAAUUUGUACUAAAUUGGUGAAUCUGUAAUCUAUUGAAUAUUUUAUCUUGAACAAUAAACUUGAAAUUGACAUUA